CUCGGGCAUGGGAGGGGUUACAUGCUGCAGAAAGUUGCAGAACAUAUUUUAUUCCUGCCUGGACUAGUGGACUUGACGGUUUAUUGAGGUCGCAGCGUCUCCAUCACUUCUUCCUCUCCCUCUGCAGAUUUGCCUUACCAGGCUGAACGCUCAACACGCUCAACGCCAAAGGUGUGUGUUUUCGACGCAGUCCAAGAUGCUGGCUUGUACGGAGAUGAUAACCAUGUGCCUGCAGUCGGCCAAACGCAAGCAUCUACUGGCUCAACAGCAACCGCUGCAGAUUACAGGACAAGGGCUUCCGAUUUUCCAUGAUAUUUUCCGCCGUGCAGACAAAAAUGACGACGGCAAGCUGACGUUUGAGGAGUUCAACACCUACUUUGCAGACAGCAUCCUAACCACCGAGGAGCUCCAGGAGCUCUUCCGCUCCAUCGAUGGACGACAGAACGACAACCUUGACACUGAGAAACUCUCAGAUUACUUUGCUCAACACCUCGGGGGGUAUGUUAACGUCCUUUCCGCCCUGGAGAGCCUCAACAUCGCCAUUCUCAAAGCCAUGGAUAAAACUAAAGAGGAGUACCAGGGGGCCAGUGUGCUGGGACAGUUUGUCACCCGCUUCAUGCUGCGGGAGACCUCCAGCCAGCUGCUGUCCCUGCAGAGGUCCCUGCAGUAUGCCAUGGAGGCCGUGGAGGAGCAGAGCAGCCCCCAACCGAGGAAGGAGGUGGAGGCGCCAGCAGUGGCGGUGGUCCAGAAGGUGGGCCGGCGUUGUGGACGACGCGCCAACGAGAACCGCCCCUCCUCACCAGGGGACCAAGCCCCCUCCCUGACCACAGGUGUGAGUGAGGACGGUGAGGAGAACUGGUGUUCUCAAAUCAGCAGGCUGCAGCAACUGUUGGACAAGUUGGAGUGUCAGAGUCCCAAGUUGGAGCCACUAAAAGAAGACUCAUUGGCCGGCACGUACAAAUCUAACCUCCUGCUGGUCCAAAGGCAGGUGACGGUGGCUGAGGAGGAUCUGGAGGACUUCCAGAAGGUCCUGAAGGGCUACUCCGACGCCACCGCGGCCCACAGCGACAACCUGCACAUGUCCGUUCAGAAGCUACCGGAGAAGUCCUGUUACAUAAUGUAUGAGUUCUGGCAGGACCGCAUCUCCUGGAUGAGCUACCUGCAGUCCAACACUAGUAAAGACUUCCAGCGCUGCGUCAUCCAGAUGCUUGUGGGUCCAGAGGUAGUGGCCACCAUGCUGGUCCCAGCUUCCUGGUGGAUAAUGACCAACAACAAUGACAACAUAAAUUGAGCCCAGAAUUGUACCCACUGCCCACACUUAGGACUGGACCAACAACACACACACACACACACACACACACACACACACACACACACACACACACACACACACACACACACACACACACACACACACACACACACACACACACACACACACACACACACACACACAGACACUUUCAUCUUGUCCUUUUACACACACACCCAAAACCCACACUUUUCUUUCUUGUCCUUGUGCACAUACACACAAACAAUCACACACACACACACACUCACUCGCAUGCAUUAAAAUAAUAGAUGAGAGCGUUUGCCUAACUAGCUACUAUGUGUUUGAAAGCUGCAUGUGGCAGAGUGGCACGACGGCGCCCUCCCCAGCUGCAGCCCUCGCCUGCUGCUGCUGUCACACAGAGGGGAGGGGCCGCAGCUGCAGCCUGGUCCAUCUGCACUCUCUCAGCACACGACCUCUCUCAACGCAACGCUAAACUAGCCUGAACAACACCAACGCUUUCCCAGCAUUUCCCUCAUAAUCCCCUUUUUAACCCCUUUGUCUUUCUUUACUUCUCCGUUCAUGCACUUUAGUUCAUAGAAGGUUAGUGGAAACACAAGAGUGGAAGCGGACUAACGUUGAUCUAAGGGGUGUGUGGGUGUUGGUGUGUGUGUGUGGGAGUGUGUGUGUGUGUGUGUGUGUGUGUGUGCGCUAGAGGUAUUAUGGGGUGUGUGUGUGCCUGCUAGAGGUAUUAUCGGGUGUGUGUGUGGUCUAGUGUGUGUGCAUGUGUUGUGCUCUAGUUGACAGGUGUGUGUGUGUGUGUGUGUGUGUGUGUGUGGGUGGGAUGUGUUUGGGGAUGGUGCUACCCCAGCCUAAGGGUGCAUGCUGAUGUUGGCGUGGCAUGCCAGCGUUUCGCGUCUUUGCAUUCGCAUUGUCAUAUGAUGGAACAUUCAUUCAUUUAUUUUUUAUCUAGGUACCCUGAUGUGACGUGAUUGAUGCAACAAAAAAAAUGCUUGUUUUGAUAUGCCACAAGCCCUGCCCAGAUAUCUUAUUUAUAGCUCAGUGUAAUCGUAGACUAUCAGCUCUUUACCUUCGUCCUAGUUCUUUAGAAGUCAAAUUAACAUGGGAGAGAUGUGGUUGCAUCCCUCUGUUGAAAGUGAAAAAUAAUUGAUCUAUUUUCAGUGUAUUGUAUUUAAUAUUCACACUCGUGUGUACCUUCGCUAUUUAUAUAAGCUCACUCAUGCAGAUAUUUACGUUGUGAUUUUUGUUUGGUAAAAUAACUUUCUCACUGACUGUAAAAAAUAUAAGUAACUUUAAUAAAGGCGCUGAAUAAA